AUGGGAUUUCUUGUAGCUUUUGAUGAAUUUAUGGUCAUCUUUAAUGGUAAUGGUGGAAAUCCACGACCAAAUUGUGGUUUAAUUAUAAAUGAUAAAGGUUUCAUUGAUAGUAUCAUCGAUUUGGAUUUUGUUAAUAACGAUCAAAUAAAACAUUUGUAUCCAACUGUAAAAGUAUUUGAUUUAAAGGGAAAAUUUAUAAUACCAGGUUUAAUUGAUGCUCAUACACAUACAAGUUCAGAAUGA